GUCGAGCAACCCAGUGCAUCUGCCAGCGCCUGCGGGUGGAGGGAGUGCCGCUCACAGCCCAGGUAUCCGCACUUCUCCGUCUGGCACUGUCUCCGAGAGCAGCUUCGCGUCUCGCUACCAAGGUUUGGGCGGGUGGCGGUUCCGCCGGCUCCUGACCCCACGGAGUCCACCUCUCGGCCCUGGCGGGACGAUGCUGGAGUCCAUCCGCGUGACGGAAAAGCUUCACUGGCCUGAGCAAGAACUUGCUAAGAAGUCUGUUCUAAAUGCAGAAGACUCCUUGGUCCUUGACAGCAAGAAGAACCUUUCGCACUCGUCCUCUGGAAUACUGAAGGACAUUUUCACAACCGGAACCAGUAGUUACAAUGUCCUACUGCAGAGCAAGGAGGAAAGAAAGCACCACGCACAAAAGCAGUCUUCCUCCACCUGCUCCAAAAGAUAUAGGAAGCCCAGCAAAUGCGCUAGCUCUUCUCGUAGCAGAGACCCUCGCAGGACGAAAGCCCCAGUGCCCGUGACAAGCAGUGCUACUUGGUAUUGCCUGGAGAGGCAGCCUGCUGUGUUUGUCACUAGCUCAGUGUCGAGCCCUGUAAAGUUUACCGGUGAUAUCUCUGUUACAGGGAACAGCAUAGUCCUGCCACCCAAACCCAAAAGCAAGAUCAAGCGAUGCCAUUUCUCUCCUCUGCCAAAGCCCAAGCAGCAGCCACAGCUAUCUAGAAGCUUCGAAAAAGCAGAUGACUUUUCUGGAAAGAGAUUUUGCAUAUUGACUGCUAUAAAACCGACCAAUUUAGAAAAAGAAAAACUGAGAUUCUUCAAAUCUGACUAUACCUACAACCCCCAGUUUGAAUAUGCCAACCCGGCCCUGCCGAGUGUGUUAGCCAAGCACAGCAACGCAUCUGACCGAUUUUUGAAGCAGUCCAUCCGUAUCAUGGAACUGACUCUACAGAAGUAUGGAAGCUACGAGAAAUUUGAGCAGGCCACGGGCGGCAGCCUGCUGUCAAGGCCGCGCAUCUGGAGCCACGUGCGGAAGUACCUGACCAAGGAGGGCUGCCUGGGAGAGAUUGUAGUGCACCUCACUGAGGACCUGCUGUCUCGAGCCUCGAUGACAGUCGUCAAUGGGUGUCCCACCCUGACUAUCAACGUGGCCACCGCACGCGAGCACUGGCUGGAGGGGAUGCUGCGGCAUGAGAUAGGCACACAUUACUUCCGAGGUAUCAACAACCUGCAGCAGCCGUGGAACAGCUGGACAGGCCGCAGGAAACACGAGCUGAAGCCCAACAACCCCACAGAGGAGGGCCUGGCGAGCCUGCACAGCGUCCUGCUCAGGAAGGACCCCUUCCUGUGGAGGGCCGCCCUCCUCUACUACACCGUGUACCAGGCCAGCCACAUGUCAUUCUGUGAACUCUUCAGAGAUAUUGGCAAAUUUGUCAAGGACCCCAACACCCGAUGGGAUUACUGUGUACGAGCCAAGAGGGGCUGGACCGACACCUCCCAGCCAGGGUGUUUCAGUAAAGACCAAGUCUACCUGGAUGGCAUCCUCCAAAUCCUCCGAUACCGGGAGUCCAUAGACUUUCAUCUCCUGACCACGCUGGGGAAGGUCUCUUACGAAGACGUGGACCGCCUGAAAGGACUGGCGGUCACUGAGAACAUGCGGGUCCCGCACUUCCUGCAGGACCACGAGCGGUACAUGGAGCACCUGGAGAAGAUCAUGGAGGUGAAUGAGCUCACGGACGGAGAGCUGCGGGCCCUCAUCUAGGUGUGGCAGAGCAGCCCAGCCCCGGAGUCACUGGCUGGUGCGGCAGUGCCAGCGGACGCAUGAGAAGAGUGGCUUUCAACUUGAAUUUUCUGAAGAAUGCUCCUCAGUGUUCAGCUGAAUUUUUAGGUUCAAUGCACAGACUGUUUCCCUAAAAUGUUUCUGUGGGCUGUGGAGGGAGGCGGUUCCUGCUUCCAUCUCAGUCUCAGCAAAGUCAACUGGAAGCGCAGCUGCUGCGUCGUGUCUCUGAAGAGUCCUGGCCACGUCACACAGUAAGCUUCUCCCGGGUGCUGAGGCUGCUCCGCCAGAGACGGGAAGCCAGCCCUGCCCUGCACGCUGCUGGGGAUCCUGCAUUCUUCAAAAACCCAGUCUGGGAUGCUCCAGGAAGCCAGCUGUGGCUCAGAUUUCUAAUUUCUCUUAUAAGUGAAGUAAUGUUAAAGGAAGGGGAAAAGCAAUUUGAAAAGUUGUCCUUAAAUCCUUUAUUGUCUUAGCCUCUAGAAACUAAAUUGAAAAACUCACCACCGAGCUACAUCUUCAGCCUCUGAGAAUUGUCCCUUUUUGUCCAGAUACCUCUUAACUAAAUUCUUUUUACUUAUUGAAAACUGUUAUAUGCCUUUAAAAGUUUCACAAAGUUUUAAGGUUCUUCCCUCUGCAUUAUUUUAUAGAAAUGAUGUGUAUAUAUUCUGCACAAAUCAAUAUGGUUGGGGGUGGGGGAAGAUAGUCGCCAUUUUUGGAACAUGCAGCAAGGAGGGGACAAAUAACCUGACCUGAAACCCAGGGCAAACUUCCAUGCUCUGAAAACUGAAUCUCUCACGUUUCCACCCCCGGGCCUUGCGACACUGACUCAGUGUACUUCAUCCCAAUCUUUGACUUUCUCAAACAGUGACAGCAUAGUGUAAGUUCAGCAGUGAGAGCCACAUUUGCUGUGUGUUUCCUGCUGUCAGCUUGCACACUUACCUGUAUAAUUGGGUCAGUAUAUACUUGGCUGUGUAUACUGAAAAUCAAAGAGUUCUUCACAUAACUUACUUUAAUGAUCAGAAAAAAUCCUGCAGUGGCACCCAUUCGGGGUUGCCACUCUGGUCUCUACUGAAGGCCCCGAGAGCUCCGUACCUCGCUCAGGCUAAACCGUGGUGCUCAUCCUGGUAGCUUCGUACUGCAGAGGCGGUUACCUUUUAUGCUAGAAAUGCUUGUAGGAAAUGUGCAGGCUGGGUGUGUGCGCUUUCUCUUUCAUAUACCUUGAAGGGCUAGCCUCAAAGGAGGGUGCCGCAUUCCCAGGCUGGACCCUAGCUGGUGCCCGCCAGGUCCUCUGAAGUGUGGAAAGCACCCCCUCGUGCUGUCCUGACCGUGUGGCCAGCCUUUCUAGAUUCUAGAAGGCUGCAGGCACUGGAACACCUGCCAGUCACCUUGAGCAGGGGUUCUAUGGCAGUCUUGUACUUUAGCUUGGUGUAGUGUUUUCCGACUUUAUCUUAAAACUCUUCAAAGGGGAUUGUGAAAACUGUGUGUUGUAAGCAGAGACAGAAAUGGCAAAACUGUACCUAAGUCCUGUGACUUAAGCUCAGACGUUUGUAAAUCCAACAUACGCAGGCAGUAACACCAUUAGUCUUAGCUUUAUAGUUCAAAUGAAAGAAAAAUCACAGGAGCCUUAAUUUCCUACUCAGAUAAUUUGUAGUAGUUCUAGCCCCUGAAUUUUAAAGUGGGUAGAUACUAUUUUUGAUUUGGGAAAGGGACUGCUUUCUCGCCUUACUGCUUUGGUAUAAACAUGCACAAACAGGAUUCCUUAGGCAAAACAUGACCUUAAAUCACACGUGGAGUGUUGUUAAGAUGCCUUACGAGGUAGCAGAGCCAAAAGUAGCUUCAGAUUAGCAGAAAUACUUUAAAAGUGCUUUCAGCUAUAAAAGUUGGUCUUCAAGAUUAAAUAAGUGUUCAUUCUCUUUCGUGAAAUAGAAGAUCUGCUUUGUCCCCCAAAAUAAAAGUUUUAAUGAACACAUAAAAUUUUAGGGACUGUAUGUAAUUGAAGAUCAAACUGAUUUUAUCUCAAGUACUUACCUGCCACAAGAUAUGAAUAAUUAGGAUUUCUUCAGCUUUUCCCACUAUAAUUCUAAGAAUAUUUUGAUAAAUCAUUAAGUUUUAACACCAGGUGGAUUUAAGGUAAAAUUGUUCAAAAACACAAAUCCACAGUUUUCAUUUCUUUAUAUUUUUACUUUUGUAAAAGUGCUUAAAAUUUCCAUUGUGUAUCUCUGGGCAUUUUCUGUCAAGUUAUAAUAAAAAGUAGCAGCACUGAGAUUCCAGGAUGAAGUAUGUGGACAAGUAUUGCGCGCAUGUAAACUUCUGUUCUCCAAAAGCCACACUGAUUUUUAUUGUGAAAUUCCUGCUUCAUUGUGUGGUACUUACUGGAAAGGCACUGGUGAGCUUCUUAUCCUAGCAGCCUUUCUUGUGGAGAAGUGCGGCACUUGCAGGCCCCUCACCCUGUGGGGCACACGGCGUUGGGGGAAGGCAGCAGCGACUGGCUCAUGUCAUAAACCUCUGCACACAGGACCUGCUGAGUAGAGGAGCUGGGCCCAGUGGCAGAGGUCUCUGCACAAGAAGAGAGGACACAGGCCGGGAGGGAGCAGCACAGCGUAAAGAACAUGUGCUGCAGCCCAGGGCCUGCCUGUGCGGAAUCAGGGCAAGAGGCCCUUUGCAGAGUGGAGGUCGCUCGCAGGUUUGCUGCUGCUCUUUGCAAGACUUACACUUGGAGCCUGAGCGGCUCAGCCCAGGAAAAGGCAGGCCCCAAAAGCAGCGCAGGAGGCCUCAGAAGCCACAUGGGCCCAGGGUGCAGCCCUGUGGUAAGUGCUGGCCUUGCAUGGGCACAGCCCAGGGUUCCGUCUCCAGCACAGAAGAGCAAAAAGCCUGGGCACCCAGAGGAACCCAUCUCAGCCUGUUGGGUCUGAGCAGAGGACGGCUGCCCACGCUGCCAGGCCGGUAAGUGGUCCAUGAGUUCCGAAAGCCUGUCAGCUGGCGUGGGUCUCACCACCUGUGUUCACUGUCGCUCCCACAGCCAAAGGAAUUACUGCCUUGAAACUCAUACCAGGAGGUGGGAGAUGGUGGAGCAGGAGCCCUGAGAAUAAGGGGUUUCAUGGGGCAGUGGUUCCAAGGCAUUGUGGAGCUCUGCAGACCCCCUCCUCCAUGAGAUAAGGCAGAGUAGCCUGCGUUCAUGUAGGCCGGUGAUGGCAAACCUUUCAGAGUGUUCAGUGAUAGCAGCCGGCUGCGGCAUGUGCGCCAUAGGUUCACCAAAGUCCUAAUAGCAGCAGAGAGGUCAUGACCUAAAGUGUAAGCACCUCAUUAGAUAAACUAGAUAGAUACUUGGUUUUCUGGCCAUAUUAGUAUUACCUCCAUCAGCUCUGAGUGUAGCUCAUUGCCUAGCAUGUGCAAAGCCCCCAGUACCACUAAAAUAAAAUAUAAAAUUUAAAACUCUUCUCAAAUUUGGAGUAUUUUCUUAUUGUUAAAUCUAAGAAAAUUAAGUAGCUUGGAUCCUCCAGGGGAGCUUGGGGGAUUUAGGAAGACAGUAUUCUCCCUGUGAAUCCGUGUGGCCCUGGGCAGCGUCCUUAGUGAAUUUCCAGGUGUCUCCAGCAGAUGGACCCCAGCUCUGUUCUUUCUGCUUCUCCAGCUCUGGCCAAGUGUAGACUCUCACUGGCGACCCUUGCAGCUAAAUCCUAACCUGUGCUUCAGAGAGGUAAUGUAAUGGGGGAGUUUGUGUACCACUGUACACACCUGGAAAAGGAGCUACCCAACUUUCCGCCAACAAUCGUUCCCCUUCUGUCCACUCUAAAACU